AUGUCCAGCCCCAACUCGUCUCCGCCAUCCUCUCUCACCGGCUUCCUGGAGCAGACCGCCUCCCUCCUGAGCUCCGCCGCCUCAUACAUGCGUCUCCCGGCCCUCGCAUCCACGGGCAUCGCUGCCGCCCUCACCUCCCUCCUCUACUUUAAGCAAAAGGCCCUGAUCUACCCGUCGCACAUGCCCCCCAACUCCCGCACCGAUCUCCCGCGGCCGUCUCAGUUUGGUAUUCGAGACUUUGAGGAGCUCGUCAUCCCCACCGACGACGGCGAGAAGCUCUCGGCCUUCUACAUCCGCGGCCCACGCGGCGGCAAGAACUCGGACGUAACCAUCCUCAUGUUCCACGGCAACGCUGGCAACAUCGGUCACCGACUGCCCAUUGCCCGCAUGAUCAUCAACUACACCGGUUGCAACGUCUUCAUGCUCGAGUAUAGGGGCUACGGCACCUCGACCGGCCAGCCUGACGAGUCGGGCCUGACGCUCGAUGCCCAGACGGGCCUCAACUACCUACGUGAGCGAGCCGAGACGCGCAGCCAUCGCCUCAUCGUCUACGGCCAGAGCCUCGGCGGCGCUGUCGGCAUCAAGCUCGUCGCGAAGAACCAGAGCCACGGCGACAUUGCCGGCAUGAUACUCGAAAACACGUUCCUCUCCAUGCGGAAGCUGAUCCCUUCCGUCAUCCCGCCUGCUAACAUCAAGUUGCCGGUACUGUUCCUCAGCGGCCUGCAGGACGAGAUAGUCCCACCAAGUCACAUGCGCCAACUGUACGAACUCUGCAACGCACCCGGCAAGAAGUGGAGGCCCUUGCCCGGCGGUGACCACAACUCGAGCGUUCUCGAGCAGGGCUAUUUUGAGGCCGUAGCCGAGUUUGUCGCCGACGUCACGGGUGAGUCAGUCGAGGACAAGAUGCGGUUAUAG